UAUCGUGUUGGCGAAAUAGUCGUCCUUCGGAGCGGACAAUAAAUAUUAGUUUGAAUUUAAUUAGUUAGUUUGGAUAAUAAUUCACGUUUGUUUUUCUCGUUGAUUAUGUCGAUAGCCACGUCGAAAAAACCUGCCACAACGAAGACCCUAUUCACUAACCAUUCACAUCUCGUACGGUACGUGUACGCUCGCCCUUUCACGACUGAUGUAGAAAAUGAAACUAAACAAAUGACGACAGACGGGCUCAAAUAUUUCGACGUCUUCAUUACCGGCGUGCCCGAUGGAGUCUCGCCGAUCGCUAACGUGGCCAUGAUCGAGACGGGCACGCCAAAUCGUUUAUUUAUUUUCUCAAAUCAAGAGCUGGAUGAAGGUUCCCUGCAGACGCUUGACUCAUUCUAUGCCAAAAAACACUAUCCGAUGUUAGAACCGACCAAAUCAUGCGGCAAUGUCGACACAGUACCGGUACACAACUUCUAUACCGUGAACGAUAGCGAUAACGGAGGAGAGGGAAUCGAUGGGGAGGCAUCUGCCACGUUUGUCGAGUAUCGUUAUGUACAACAACGUCGACGUCCGACCAAUAUGUACUACGAUCCGGACAGCGGUGAAAUGUUUCGCCUAGUUCUGCCCGAAGACUCAUCGUUGCUUGUUCUCAUUAUGCCAGAAAAUUUUGUACGUACCGGUCGUAAAACAGGAUACUUCAAGUUCGAAGGUGACUUGAUCGUCCGAGUUUAUAGCAAACACUUACUUUCGGCGAAGCUCGAGGACGAAGAUCUCGAUCACGUGUCAGUAAUUUCAACUGAGAAUACUCAGCUCAUGGAUAUAGUGAAAAUCUUUUUCAGUCGCAUGGGUAUGCAUCGCAUUCACACGCCUUCUUUGAAUCAAGUAGUUUCGUUCGACGAGUAUAUUACUCUAGUGGUAGGUAGUAUAGCAAAUUUGAAUUUGUGA